UUAGUUCGGUUUAUUUAUCAGUUUUCGGUUCGGUUAUUAGCAUUAUAACAACCAGUGCUGGUCUGUCUUCCCCGCAAUCGCAAGUCCAGCAGCCGCAAAAAGCCCCAAAGUCUCACUCUGCUCUACGGCGAAAAGGUAAGAGUGAAGAACAAAAGUCGGUAGAAAGAUGAACAAGAAGGAAGUAUUUAAGCUAGCCAAAGGUUUCAGAGGAAGAGCAAAGAACUGCAUCAGGAUCGCUAGAGAAAGGGUGGAAAAAGCGCUUCAGUAUUCUUACAGAGACAGACGUAACAAAAAGCGCGACAUGCGCUCCCUUUGGAUAGAACGCAUUAAUGCCGGCACUCGCGUACACGGUGUGAAUUACGGUAACUUCAUGCAUGGACUUGUGAAAGAAAACAUUCAGCUAAACAGGAAGGUUCUGUCUGAGCUGUCAAUGCAUGAACCGUAUAGUUUUAAGGCCCUCGUUGAUGUUUCACGCACUGCUUUCCCUGGAAACAAGAACGUAACAUCGGCUCCAAAGAAGGAAGGUCUUUCGAUUUUGGUUUGAUUACAACUUUCGUGUUAUUUUUACUUUAAAAACCUUGUUUUAGACCUGGUCAAGAGUACCAAACACAACUUCCUGCCAUAAUAUAUUAAUAUCCUAAAUAAGUCUCCAGAUCCCCCUUCUUGAAACA